AGAUUAUCCAAGGUUUAUGCAUAGACACACAUUGUAUUAUUACUAUUCAAUGAAGUGAACAUGAAUAUGAAUCGGAAAAUAUCAAUUGAACACAUUCAUAAUCAACACUUACAUAGAGAUUGUUGACAAAACAUUAUGAAUACCAUAUUUUGGUAGGUGGAUUCCUCAUAACCAAAUCAUUGAUUAUAUUGAAGUAAGAGAAUAAACAGGUUUGUAGAGUGUAUUACAAUUUGUGGAUUAUACCACCAUCUCAUUAUCAAAUUUUCCAGUUAAUCAACUAGUGAAAGAACAUUACCAGUUUUACAUCCAACAUGAUGCCAACUGAGGUAAUACGAUAUACAGUAAUUAAUACAAUCAUUGUAGUUUCUAUUCAUUUUCACUGGUUGUUUAACCAAAGUCUGUUGGCGAUCCACUCAUGAUGGUGAUAUCAUUUAGUGUAUUUAUAUGAAAUCUUUGCAGUUAUAACUAUGGAAUAUUCAGUUGGCUUGUUAAAUUGUAUACGAUAUCGUUAAGAGACCUAUUGAAAAUUGUGCCGCAUUAAACGGUUGUUUCUUUAUAGUUCGGAACUACACAGCAGUGAGAAUCCAUCACUUCCCACUAAAUUGAACAUAGGCGCCACAGUUCUUGCAAUGGAAAUGAUAUCAAAUAACCGCUGAGUUGGAACUCCACAAAUCACGUAAAUCACAAUUUCCAACUCUAGUCACUUGAUAAUAUAGCAUGAGUAACCAUCAACCGAUUUCGAGAUGGUGGUGAACAUUUGUUGCUCAGGUGGAUGAUUAUGACGGAGUAUUGUUCUCUGAGCUGGAUGGUUUUGUUGUGGAGCCACCGUGGUUAUUCUGAGCAACAUCGUCAGCAUGAACUUCAUGUAGAAUUGAAGUGUUCGAAUUUCUCCACAUAUGGCUCACAACUCGUCCGGUAGACCUCAAUGUUGAUUGGUUAUUGUUCACCUUGUUGGGGACUUUAGAUCCCCAAAACUCAUAUUUUGUGGUUUCAUCGUAUCUAUUAAAUGUUCAAAUAUUUGUAGGGGGGUCAAUUGGUGAACUUAUCGAUUAAAUGUUAAAUAGCGGUCAAUUGAUGAACUCAUUGAUUAAUGUUUAAAAAUUUUCCAUGACAAUAGCGACUGUAAAUAUUUGUAUAAAUACUCUUGAUUUGUGUGCUUGACCUGACUUGUUAUCUGCUGUUUGUCUGUAGAAUACACUUUCUACACCUUACCCAGACUUCUUGAUCGAGUUAGCAGAGUUGGGGACAACGAACCAGAAUAGCUAUCGAGUCGCUGAAUCAUUGAUCCUUCGUUCCGUUCGAGUAAGACGCAUCAGUAGUAGCAUUCAAGCAUAACGAAUCAUACCACACCUCUAACCAAUAAUUGUUUUCUUCUUUAUUUCGGUUGUAUCUCCCAUUCCAUUUCAUUUUCAAAUCAAUUAACUCGUCACACUUUCUCACGAGAAUUUUGGAAAAUCCAGUGCUAAAUCGGUCACUAAUUCCCAGUCAAAUGUUAUUUACUUAGAUGGAUAGUAGCGAUUUAUGCAUUACGUUUGUUUUUAUGACAUGCUUGCAAUGCCAUCUACCACAUAGAGUAUGAUUGUGCCUUGUGUGUAUUGCUGCAUUCACGUUGAGUCAUAUUUGGAUGAGGUAAUCUGACAUCCAUCAUCGUCUUCUGAAUAACCACUGCUUUACGAAAGACUCAAGGAUCAAAUCAUCAGCUUGACCAACAAAUUACCAAAAUUCGUCUCAGGUUAAUAAAUAUUCAACAUGUAUUCAUCAACUCUACCUUUAAUACUAUCGACUACUGGACAUCACAUAAAGGCCUCAUAUUGAAACAUACAUCGGUGACUGAAUACCGACUAAGGAUGGAAACCGAAUGAAAUUCACGAGACUCACUAUUCUCACUUCAAUUGUCUCAUCGGUUAUGAGUGAAAUGUGGUUAAUUUCAGAAAUUGUUCCAUCACUUAUCAUACAAUGUGAGAAACGCUAUCCAUCAUACAAACUCAUUCUCAUUUUAAUAAACUAACGAUAACCGACAAUCCAUGAAUCAUACACUUGAAUCACCACAAUACAAUCACUAUCACCCGGUCAUCCCACCACUGUGCAUCGAAUCGCAUUUGAAAUCCACCGUAUAUUUUGACUAGUAUUCAGUGUUUCGAGACAAUCGACAUUGAGUGAUGAACGUUGGACACGGAUCAUAUUACGAUUUACCGGAAUUCAGUUGAAUCUGUUUCGAUUGAUCAUAGUUACACAAAUUGAUUAUUAUAGAUGACUAUUGAAAUUCGACACUCACCCAUAUGGUGUAUCUGUAGUUUGCAUAAAUUUAAUACUCAUUCAGAAAAUCCUUGACAUCUAAUUGUGUAGUCAAGUAUUUUGGAAAUGAGUUGUGAGAUUUUAUUAAAUGAGAGUCAUAUUGCACCACAUCAUCUUUUCAUAUGUGAUUUCCUUCCAGACUCAACUCAAUCGUCGUUAAAUUGCAUUCUAUCAAUUAUCAUAAUCUGUCAGUAGAAGAGAUGAUACAUAAUUGUGGAAUUGGGAAAGUGGUCAACGUGUGGACACAAGGAGCAAGCUACAAUUCGGAUAGUUCACAAGAAGCAUCCAUUAAUCAACGACAAUAUUCGAAUAAUGAUGGUGAUAUUUUUGCAUUGAAUGUACUUGGAAUUACAGUUCUUCAGUUUGCAAUCACUUUUGGAGGAACAAAUUUGUUUAUUCUAGUUCGACAGAUCAGUGAAUUGAUUAAAAAUCAUGUGGUAAUCUUAUGGAUCUCAUGCGCUAUCUACUUAGUUCUUCAAACAAUUUGGAUGUAUGUUCCAGCAUUAGCACGGAAAUAUCCAUACAAUGUAAUGUAUCUGAUACUGAUGACAUUAUUUUCAACCAUUGCGAUCGCAUCGGAUUCGACUUUGUACUUCGAAGAUAUUGUCUAUUUGAUCUUCGCUGUAUCGGUGACAUUCAUUAAUUUAAUUGUUUGCACUAUAACUGUUCUACAAUAUGAUUUCAGUAAACAUUACACCAUCAAUCUGUUUGUUACAUUAAGUAUUGAUUUGAUACUAAUCAUUGGACAGAUUCUUUACUUCACAAUGAAUAAGGAUAAUAUUGUACUAGUUAUUGCUGGUGCAAUUACAUUUCCAUUAACAGUCUUUAAAUUAUUAUUUGAAAUGAAGAUGGUAUUUGGAGGUGGUACAUUUCGAUAUCAUCAAAUGGAUUUAGUAUUAGCAGCUGGAAUUCUUUACAAUUGUUGGUGGAAUUUAUUUUUAACAUUAAUGUGGUUAUCUUCAAUGACAGGUUUAAGAAAUUUGAAUUCAACGAAUACUACUACUACCAGUACUACUUUAUUAAAUGUUCAAUCUUCAAUUCAUUUAAUAGUUCUAACUAAAUUCGACUGAAUAUAUAUUUCUAGGGAAAUAUGUGUUGAAGAAGAAUUCUCAAGUAUUUUAUUUUUUCUCUUUGAAUAAACAGCCAAUUUUUCAGUGGUCAAUGUAUAUCAUGGAUGACGGUUAUGUUGUGACUUAUAUUACUCUUUGUAUAAGUUUACUCAUUUCUGAAUGUUAAAUAUCUUGUAGUGUCAGUUAUUAUGUAUAAGCCUAUAUGGAUUAUUCUAGCUUCUGGACAAACCAUUUUAUCCAUUCUAUUUGAGUUACAUCUUGACCUCGCUAAUUGUUUACUUAUCAAACUUGACUAUAUGUAUAUGUGUACACUUCUUAUCCUACUUACCACAUGUCAGUAGCUUAUUUUUAUGUGACUAUAAAUGUUGAUUAACGCUUGAUUAAAUGGAGUUGGCUCAGUACUGUCCGUCGUUUCGUUCUCUCUUCUUCGUUUCCUUCGCUACGUCUCUCUGAUUACCUGUUCCGAUCAACGAUUAUACAGCAGAUAUAUGUAUUGGGAAAUUCAUUCUCGUAUUUGACUUAUUUAAUUCCAUUAUUCACUAAUGUGAUCUAAGUCGAUGAAUGGCGAUAUGUAUAUUUCAAUAGUAAUCAGAAACGAUCUCAUUGGAGUCAGAUCGUGGGCUAGCAAAUAUUCGUACUAUAUACGAAUGUUCAUGUAUAAUGUGAUUAGGAAAUUGUAAUGAGAUGCAAGAAAGCUAAGUUUACAAUCACUUGUUUUACUUAUAAAUUAGAAUUUUUAUUAUACUACACUAGUAAUCUUUAUCAAUAAAUUUUCCUGCUUCUUUUAACUUGGACUAUGUGUGUAUGAUUGAAUUUCAAGUGACAAGAGAAAAAUAUAUUUAUACUAUGAGUUGUCAUUUAGUAUACCAUAGGGCUAGUGAUCCCAUCCCGUAGAAAACUAAAUCGCUAAAAAACGAUAACCAGGAAAACAAGUAAGUAAGUAAGUAAGUAAGUAAGUAACUACAAACUUUGAAUUUCAACCUCUCUAUUUGGAAUUCACUUCAUAGUUAAUUUUAUCUCAUAACUCUAACAAUGAAAUGAUACUCUUGGAUGAAUCAAUUAAUCAUAACAUGACCAUUGUCCUUUUAUUUAAUAUCAUCAACAUAAGUGCAGUUUCAAUAUACUUCUCAAAAUAGAACUUUGAAAUAUAGUUUUAUCAAAUUGGUAAUCAUGAAAAUUGCUUUAUACAUAAUGCAUAAAUAAUCAGUUUGUGUGGUAUAAAUGAUGUUGUAAAGAAGAAGGAAUAAACAAAGAGUAUGAUGAUAUGGUAAAACAGUUUAUUAAGCUAAACCAUCAUGGAGAACCUUGAGGCAAUAGAUGGCCGUUUCGUCCAACUGUGAGACUCCUCACUAGUAAACAUCCACGAUCUCGACUCGUGAGAUUCGGACCUAGGACCUAUAGGUCCCGCGCGAGAACGCUUAUGCUCUAGACCACUGAGUCAACAUCCAACGGUGUUGAUGUCUUACUUCAACUAAUCCACGAAAUUGAGAGACACAUCUACAAGUGUCUUCAGUGAAUUACUAUCUCACAAUAGGCACAGCUAAACUUUAUUGGUCACUGCUUUUCAUUAGAACUAGUAUUAUUGACUUGAAUUCCUACAGCUUCUGCUAAUAUAAAAGAGAUAAUAUCGAAUCUUGUUAGAAAAGUGAGAAUGAAUAUGGUAGGUUGUUUGAAAUAAGUGAAUUUCACUCAUUAUGUAACCACUAUCAACCAGGUUUGAUAAAACACAACGAUAUAUUGAUGACUUUACUUGGUCCUUCAAGUUAUAAUGACUGUAUUUCAUAUAAGUUAGUUUCUUAACUGAUGCGAGAUUCGAUACUUGCAACUAACUUGCAUGGAUUAUCAUUCGGUACAUAUGAAUAUAAAUAAAUGGUCUAUUGUAAAUCAGGAAAUUGGGUCUGGAGCAUACCUCUCAUGGGUGCAUUCAUGUUUAACCAAUCACUGUCAGCUAUCUUUUCAAAAUAUACAUAAUUAUCAGUAUUUUCACAUAUUAAAUGAAUUUUUAAUAACAGUUCAUAUGUAUUAGUAGCAUUACUAAAUAUUACCACAGUUAAGCAAUAACGAGGUCGACAAAAUCUCCCCGAUGAACUUGUGUUUAUUAGAAGCGACCUUCGCAAUUUCGUCCGAUUCGUUUGAAUGGGCACUAUAUUCACCAUUGAGAUCAUGUACUAAACCAUUUUGGCAUUCUAUAUUUUUCAUCUUAUGGUAUGUGCUACUGACAUCGACAGAUAUAAGUAGUAUGUAUUAUCAAUCGAAAGAGAAAUGAAUAAUGGAAGAAUGUUAGGAAGAUUGAGGAAAAGUGAACGAGAAUAAAGAAUGACUGGUGUGGAAACAAAAGAACAAUGAAGUCCGUGCAGAUUGAUGGACAUUUUGCAAAUGAAGUAUUUACUGCAUGGUUCUCAGAUUUUCACAAGUGAUUCCGUAAUUUUGUAUCUAAAUGCAUUCGAUUGUCCACACUUGUUUUCGUUCACUACAACCUGUAAAAUAGUUAACAAUUGAGCAGUUUUAAAUGUCGCUUAUUUUUAUCUCAUUUAUACGCCGGUAAGUAUCAUGAUGACGAACAAAGCAUACAUAGAUUAUUUCAGCUUACAUUCAAUGCAAAAAUAUCACCAUCAUUAUUCGAAUAUUGUCGUUGAUUAAUGGAUGCUUCUUGUGAACUAUCCGAAUUGUAGCUUGCUCCUUGUGUCCACACGUUGACCACUUUCCCAAUUCCACAAUUAUGUAUCAUCUCUUCUACUGACAGAUUAUGAUAAUUGAUAGAAUGCAAUUUAACGACGAUUGAGUUGAGUCUGGAAGGAAAUCACAUAUGAAAAGAUGAUGUGGUGCAAUAUGACUCUCAUUUAAUAAAAUCUCACAACUCAUUUCCAAAAUACUUGACUACACAAUUAGAUGUCAAGGAUUUUCUGAAUGAGUAUUAAAUUUAUGCAAACUACAGAUACACCAUAUGGGUGAGUGUCGAAUUUCAAUAGUCAUCUAUAAUAAUCAAUUUGUGUAACUAUGAUCAAUCGAAACAGAUUCAACUGAAUUCCGGUAAAUCGUAAUAUGAUCCGUGUCCAACGUUCAUCACUCAAUGUCGAUUGUCUCGAAACACUGAAUACUAGUCAAAAUAUACGGUGGAUUUCAAAUGCGAUUCGAUGCACAGUGGUGGGAUGACCGCGUGAUAGUGAUUGUAUUGUGGUGAUUCAAGUGUAUGAUUCAUGGAUUGUCGGUUAUCGUUAGUUUAUUAAAAUGAGAAUGAGUUUGUAUGAUGGAUAGCGUUUCUCACAUUGUAUGAUAAGUGAUGGAACAAUUUCUGAAAUUAACCACAUUUCACUCAUAACCGAUGAGACAAUUGAAGUGAGAAUAGUGAGUCUCGUGAAUUUCAUUCGGUUUCCAUCCUUAGUCGGUAUUCAGUCACCGAUGUAUGUUUCAAUAUGAGGCCUUUAUGUGAUGUCCAGUAGUCGAUAGUAUUAAAGGUAGAGUUGAUGAAUACAUGUUGAAUAUUUAUUAACCUGAGACGAAUUUUGGUAAUUUGUUGGUCAAGCUGAUGAUUUGAUCCUUGAGUCUUUCGUAAAGCAGUGGUUAUUCAGAAGACGAUGAUGGAUGUCAGAUUACCUCAUCCAAAUAUGACUCAACGUGAAUGCAGCAAUACACACAAGGCACAAUCAUACUCUAUGUGGUAGAUGGCAUUGCAAGCAUGUCAUAAAAACAAACGUAAUGCAUAAAUCGCUACUAUCCAUCUAAGUAAAUAACAUUUGACUGGGAAUUAGUGACCGAUUUAGCACUGGAUUUUCCAAAAUUCUCGUGAGAAAGUGUGACGAGUUAAUUGAUUUGAAAAUGAAAUGGAAUGGGAGAUACAACCGAAAUAAAGAAGAAAACAAUUAUUGGUUAGAGGUGUGGUAUGAUUCGUUAUGCUUGAAUGCUACUACUGAUGCGUCUUACUCGAACGGAACGAAGGAUCAAUGAUUCAGCGACUCGAUAGCUAUUCUGGUUCGUUGUCCCCAACUCUGCUAACUCGAUCAAGAAGUCUGGGUAAGGUGUAGAAAGUGUAUUCUACAGACAAACAGCAGAUAACAAGUCAGGUCAAGCACACAAAUCAAGAGUAUUUAUACAAAUAUUUACAGUCGCUAUUGUCAUGGAAAAUUUUUAAACAUUAAUCAAUGAGUUCAUCAAUUGACCGCUAUUUAACAUUUAAUCGAUAAGUUCACCAAUUGACCCCCCUACAAAUAUUUGAACAUUUAAUAGAUACGAUGAAAUCACAAAAUAUGAGUUUUGGGGAUCUAAAGUCCCCAACAAGGUGAACAAUAACCAAUCAACAUUGAGGUCUACCGGACGAGUUGUGAGCCAUAUGUGGAGAAAUUCGAACACUUCAAUUCUACAUGAAGUUCAUGCUGACGAUGUUGCUCAGAAUAACCACGGUGGCUCCACAACAAAACCAUCCAGCUCAGAGAACAAUACUCCGUCAUAAUCAUCCACCUGAGCAACAAAUGUUCACCACCAUCUCGAAAUCGGUUGAUGGUUACUCAUGCUAUAUUAUCAAGUGACUAGAGUUGGAAAUUGUGAUUUACGUGAUUUGUGGAGUUCCAACUCAGCGGUUAUUUGAUAUCAUUUCCAUUGCAAGAACUGUGGCGCCUAUGUUCAAUUUAGUGGGAAGUGAUGGAUUCUCACUGCUGUGUAGUUCCGAACUAUAAAGAAACAACCGUUUAAUGCGGCACAAUUUUCAAUAGGUCUCUUAACGAUAUCUAAUCGUGAUGAAAACUCUUAUGAAUUACCGUAUACAAUUUAACAAGCCAACUGAAUAUUCCAUCUGAUAUAGCAAAUAAUUAAUCAUAAUAAUAAUAAUAAAUACAGUUAUAACUGCAAAGAUUUCAUAUAAAUACACUAAAUGAUAUCACCAUCAUGAGUGGAUCGCCAACAGACUUUGGUUAAACAACCAGUGAAAAUGAAUAGAAACUACAAUGAUUGUAUUAAUUACUGUAUAUCGUAUUACCUCAGUUGGCAUCAUGUUGGAUGUAAAACUGGUAAUGUUCUUUCACUAGUUGAUUAACUGGAAAAUUUGAUAAUGAGAUGGUGGUAUAAUCCACAAAUUGUAAUACACUCUACAAACCUGUUUAUUCUCUUACUUCAAUAUAAUCAAUGAUUUGGUUAUGAGGAAUCCACCUACCAAAAUAUGGUAUUCAUAAUGUUUUGUCAACAAUCUCUAUGUAAUCAAUGGAGAGAGGUCACGCAAUGUACAACUGCUGUAUAUUACCAUUUUACUGCUUUAUUAACUGAUAUUUGUAC